UUAUUCAACCACUUCAAGCACGAUCCCUUGAGCUGAGUUCAACCAUGUUUGACCGGACACAGGCGCAGGGGUCAAUGAAAGAGAAAUUACCCUCUGAACGUACACUCUCGACUCCUCCGCGGCACCGCCUCUCCGCCGACUAAAUCGCCGCCGUGCCAUUUCAGACCGCUCCACGCGCCAACAACAUUUGCGCCACCUCUGCCUUCAUUUAACAAAUUAUUCACACGUGCCCAUGCUCACGCGCGCUUCCAUGUACGUGCCAGCGACCCCCACCACAUCUCCACUCCCUCUGUUAAUGCGGUCUCUGUAUAUAAAGCUACAGCAAGUGCAGAUGCCCACCACCAUCGGAAACUCUCUGAAAUCGGAAGUCUUGAGUACAUCUCUCAUCUCUGCACAAUGAGCCAGGAACAACCACGAAGGCCCAGCCAAGGUGAGGGAGAUGCGGCCAUUAGGUACGGGGACGUGUUCCCGGUGGCCGGUGAGUUGGCGGACCAGCCCGUUGCGCCACGAGACGCCGCCAUGAUGCAGUCCGCUGAGUCCACGAUUUUCGGCCAGGCGCUCAAGGGAGGCGCCGCUGCCGCAAUGGAGUCAGCCGCCACCCGCAACGAGCAGCGCCGCGCCGUGGAACACGACCAGUUCAGCGCGCUCCCACGAGAUCAGGGGGUCACCGUCACCCAAACUGACGUCCCCGGCCAGCCCAACCUCCGACUCGUCACCGAGUUCGUCGCCGGUCAGGCCGUGCGCCAGUACGUCGUCGGCGUGGAAGGUCAGCGAGGCGGAAAUAAUGAAGGAGAGAGGGAUGCUGAUGUCCGUGGCGGCGUGGCAACGUGGACUGACAAGGUAACAAUUGGGGAGGCACUGGAGGCGACGGGAAGAACUGCAGGAAAUAGGCCGGUCGAGCCCAGCGACGCCGCCGCCAUCCAGGCCGCUGAGGCGUCCGCGACAGGCGUGCCGGGGGUCAUUCCCGGCGGCGUCGCGGCAGCUGCCCAGGCGGCGGUUAUCUCGAACGCCUGGAUUGACAGAGAGGAGGACAAGACUAAAUUGGGCGACGUGCUUGCGAACGCGACGGAGAGGAUUGCGGCGGACAAGGAGGCGACGAGGCAAGACGCGGAGAGGGUGGUGAGGGCGGAGAUAAGGAACAACCCUGACUUGGAGACACGCAACGGCGGAGUAGCCAACACGGUGGCGGCGGCGGCGAGACUAAAUGAGCGUUCAACUUAAUAAAAUGGGUGUGAAGAUGAGAUGGUAACCACCUUGCUUGUAGAA